GCGCGAAGGUUCGAUCGAGGAAGUUCGAGAAACUCGCGGAGGAAACGACAGGAGUGAAAAAGUUUUUCAAGGUGGAAACAGGUGAAACGUCGGAUGGACUCCUUUAACCGAAGCAACACCGUGGGGCGGAGGUGAGGGGGAGGAGGACAGAAUCGUCGACGAUCGUGUCCACUUUGCUCUGCCGUGCUCGAAGGGGGACAGUCUUCCUUCCAGCGUGGUCCUCGCCUCCCCCUUUUCUUCUUGCCACCCCUUUUGGAAAAAAUACCUGUCCAAGUUCGAAAGGGAAUCCGCGGGCGUAAUCGCUCAACGACGAACGAACAAUCUCCACCCGUAGAACAACUUUAAAACCUUCCGUCCUGGACGUUCGAAGGAAACGCGCAGACCGGAGGCAUCAAUCGUGCGACGCGCCACGAAGAUCGACGAACGUCACCAUGAGGAUCAAAAUGCCCGCGGUCAGGAUCGCGCAAGCGGAAACCUCGCAAGGCACCACAUCCCCAGACACCGUCCAAUGCGGGGGCUGCAGGGUGUCCUACCCCCUUGGCGAGAUCGUGCGGUUCAUCGAGCACAAAGUGAACCACUGUCGCAGCACUCUUCAGGGUUGCCACAGUCCGCCAGCGACAGCGGCGCCGGAGGACUCCGAUCCGGAGGACGCGCUCGCCGUGAAGACCGUCGACCAGGAUUCCAAGCUGAAUUCGGUGCCCAGCAUCUCGGCGCCCAUCAACAAGAGGGGCGGAGGCAGGCUGGAGAGCCCUCCGACGCCCCAGGGCUCGGGCCCGGAUACUGGGAGCCCGAUCGAGCUGAAAGCAAGCGCUAGCUCGACACCUAAGAGACGGACGGAGGCUUCGGACGAGGACAAGGAGGACCUACCGAAGAAACAGAAGACGGAGUCCGUUGACGCGGACACGAACACGGUCAAUUCUGAACCAAGAUGGCUCCAAUGCUCUCAGUGCUCCAGAAGACUAUCCUCCGCCUGGGAGUUGCUGCAGCACGUGCAGAGCGUGCACGGCGCCCGACUCUACACCACCCCUUCGUCGUCGACGAACUCGUCGAACACGCCAGCACCGAGUCCACCUACGCCCACGCCGACCCAUACGCACCACCUGAGUCCGCCUAAUCACCUGAACCUGAGCAGCAAAUCCACCGGCAGCUCGUCCGCGGCGAAUUCCUCCGGCGGCACGAAUUCCAGCGGAAGCAGCGGCGGACGGCAACAACUUCAAUCGUCCGCCUCGUUGGUCGGCGAUCCGCUACACAGUUUUCUAAGGCUACCUCAACACCUCGAACGAAGCUUUCCACCCAUGUUCAGGACGGACUUCAUGACCCUGAGUCCGUUGGGUUACAGAGGUCUCCAGGAGUUGCAAACCGCGACCAGAAAUCUACAGAACCUGGGAGAUCCUCUUCGAGGUAUGGACGGCUUGAAUCUCGGUGAUCCCCUGGUUCGUAGUUCGUUAGACUCGUUGAACAAUGCCCGCAACCUGGUGAACUUAGCCGAGUUGUCGCACGGUCGUGGGCUCGCCGGUCAGGCGCAUCCUCCUCCACUCGAGGCCAAUCUGGAUUUUUACUCGGCGCGCCUAAGGAGCCUCGCUAAUCCGUCCUUAGGCGCGGCUCCACCUAGUAGCGGUAAUCCAACGACUAAUUCCAAUCCCCCCGCCCCGGUACCGCCUGUACCAGUACCGAGCACCGUCCAGCAACAGCAACAGCAGCAGCAGCAGCAACAACAGCAGCCUGUCCAGAAUCACAGUCAACCCGUCGAGCCUCCCAGUCCCGCGUCGAACAACGCCACGAUCCACACGCACAGCAAUCAUCAGAAGGAAAAUUCGCCGACCUGCUAUAGUCAAAGCCCGGUUGGUCACCACAACAAUAACAACUCCACCGACAGCGAGAAAACUAGUCCGCCGGUCGCGUCUACGCCGAUCAUCGCUGACUCCGCGUCGGAGACGAUCUACUCGUGCGAGGUGUGCGACAAGAAGUUCCGUUUCCAGUCGAAUCUCAUCGUGCACCGUAGAAGUCAUCAAGACAAGGAGAGUCAGUAUCAGCAGGACGCCACGCAGGAUGGACAGAUAACGCCGACUAGGUGCGAAGUCUGCGAAAUGGAGGUCGCCAGUUUCGCAGAGUUAAGGAAACACAUGAGAAAAGAGCACCAGGAGAGCAUGAACGCCGCGAGUCCUCAGGGUAGCGUCGAGACAGUUCCCGACGACGGUUCCAGCUGCGACGAGAACAUGGACCUCGACGAAGCGGACGAGAACGAUCAGAAGGGCGACAGAGAGGACACCGAGGAGAACACACCCGAGGAUCUGAGCACCACUCAAGGUCAGAGCGGUGAAGAGAGCGGCGGUCGCGUAGAACAGAAACCAGCGAGCCUGGUCGGCGAUCUGAUGGAGAAAUUCGGCUUGAGCAACAUAGCGCAGUACUCGGAGGCCUACAGGCAAGCUCUGCAGGAGAACCACCGAGGCGGUUUCAUCAAGACGGAACCUCCGUCGAACCUAACCAACUCUCUGAACAAUAACAAAGAGAAAGACAGCGCUCUGUCGCCCACGAACUUCAAUUCCUCGACCACGCCUAACAUAUUCUCCGGUCAGAGUUUUCCCAGGUCCUCGGGACCGGACUUCGGCGGUCUCUGGCUACCCAGUCACCAUUAUCUCGAGAACAACGAAUUCCGCAAGGCUACCAAGGCCACCGCUUCCAGCCUCGCGCUCCAAGGCCUGCCCAGUCCCCUGUUGAAGAAAGAACGCAGCGGGAGGAACGACACGUGCGAGUAUUGCGGCAAGGUGUUCAAGAAUUGCUCGAAUCUGACGGUGCACAGGCGGUCUCACACAGGUGAGAAACCGUACAAGUGCGAGUUGUGCUCGUACGCUUGCGCGCAGAGCUCGAAGCUGACGAGGCACAUGAAGACGCACGGUCGACACGGCAAGGACACGUACAAGUGUCGUUUCUGCGAGAUGCCGUUCUCCGUACCUAGCACACUGGAGAAACACAUGCGGAAAUGCGUGGUUGUGGUCCAACAGGGCCAGAAAUUGGGCAUGCCGUAUCCCGGCAGCCAAGACGAGGACUCCUCUUUGAGUACCAAGGAUACUUGAUCUUGGAACGGAAGCCUACCGCCGAUCCCGCCACUGUGGCCACACAGGCCACCCUACCCGGUGUACUGAAGAGGUGAUCUUCUUCCACGGGAGAGAAGCAGAGGACAGAGUAGGUGUUCGGGAACGAUAAACCCUUUAUUAACGUAUGCCGUGUUUUUGCGUGAAGCGUUGAAACGUAACGAAAGACACACGCAUGUCGCGUGACGUCGUUGAAGAUCUCCCGUUUUGGGAGAUCCCCGCCUGGUGAAAUGUCCAAGAUCGCCUCUCGGGAUUAGGAGAGGCGGUAGGUUUGGUCCACGACAGUAACCAGAGCUUACAAUCGAACGAGACCUGGAAACGGUCCAAAUGAAAGAAGAAACAACGACGAGAGUAUAGACGUUGUUUUGAAGAAACAACGUGGAGAAACUGGCCCUGUUCGAGGGGUUGAAAGUUGAACCUGCCACGACGGAGAGGACGAGAACCAUUGAUAUCGAAAGACUGAAUGAAAAUGGAGAAUGGUUGGAGCGUGGAGGAGCAACGGGUGAGAGAUAUAGGAGGGAAGGUGAGCGGGCAGAUUAUUCCGCUCGGCGAAUUUUAAUUCAACUAGAGAA